GCAUUCGCCAGCACAGAAUGUUUCGUUGUUGCGACUGAUCAACCAUCUUGUGUCGGUUCUCAUCGCGGAUUAGAAACAAACGUGACGUCUGUGAAAAUCGUGGCAAAUAAUUCUUUGCAUCGUGUGGUUUCACACGGAGACGAAUCUUGAUAGACCACGUCUGCCUGUAGAAAAUAAUGCUGUUUGGCUUGCUGUUGUAGAGGAGAUCGACGUUUGGGGAAAACCCGAUAUGACGAACUGUGCGUAAUGGUGACAAGCUCUGCACUGAUCGUCAGUAUGGUAAAGUUUUGAAGAACAUAGUAAUAUUGACGACAUAGCUGAUUAAGCAGACGUGUCCGAGAGAGAAGGAGAAAAAGGGAGAAGAGCUGGAAGCGAGCACAGGCGUGUUCCUGAUAGUUGACUCGUCUGUUUUCUUGCUGGAAAAAUGCGAGUGAGGGCUGUACGACCAGAAGGGACUCCUGUCUACUGUUGGAUUAACAAAGAACUGAUGAAGCUACUGUACACCGUCACCACGUAGAACGAUAAAAGUGCUUGUUGUGCCGAUGACAUUGAUCGCCCUCACCUGGAGAUAGCGCGUGAUUCUUCAUGAUCUCAGGCUUGCGGGGAUUGCAAAGUUGGCUUCCGGAAAGAUGCACAGUGAACCGGUGUCAACUAUUGAGACUUAAAUUUUCAGAACUACUUUUGUGUGCGGCAACGCUUCCCACGGAAGUCUUUUUGAGAGAAGGUUGUAGAGAUGCAGCCAGAAGAGGAAGAAGACGAUGUGGCUGAGCUUGCCGCCAUCAACGACAGGGAGCGAGAUAUGGUAGAGGGCGAAAAGGAAAGGACGGGGGAGGCCAUGAUUCGGACUAUACAGAGGCAUCUGUACCCCCACCUGGAAAGACCCCGGCCUUACCCACCCUAUGGCAUCGAACGAAGGCCUGGCGAGAGGUACGAUAUGGAACCUGAAGAUUGGGAGGAAUUACAUUACUACUACAAUCGGCGUCCUCCCAUGCCGCCUGCCCCGAUCCCAAGAGCGGUUCCUGACCCCGUCGCCAUGGAGGAACAGGUGCCUGCAGUCAGUCCCAAGCGGAAGGUCGACGACGACGCAGACAUUGCUAUGGACACCGGAGAACAGCCGUCGAGUAAGGAGCCAAAGCGAGAGGAUGACGGCAUCCUUCAGGAAAUCCUCCUGUUGUUGAAAAAGUACUUCUUCAAGGAUCUCCCUGGCACUAUGAGUGAAGACCUGGUCAAGAUAUCAAGGGAAAAGAAGCAAGACAUCCUGCAGGAAAUGCUACAACGAGAGGACGAGCUGAAAAAGUUUAGCCGCAGCCGACGCCGCUUGUAUUACAAUAACACUUACAGACCGCGGGACAUGAAGGACAGCGACGAGGACUCCGAGACAGACAGUGGUGUGCCCUUUGGCCGCCUGCAUGAGCAGCAGGCCAAGUUUGCGGUGUCAGACGAAGUCAGGUUGCGGCGAGUGUUAAUCCUGGGUAGUGCCACCUGCGCCAAGUUGGGAAAUACGGAGGCGGUCGACGAGUCGGAAUUGUCUGUGGUGCAGGAAAUGGUCCAGGCGGACAGGGGACAACAGGUGAUCAACAUAUUGAAGGAUUUGUGUGACCGUGGCGCUACCAACAGGCAGAAUGGCCUUUUACACGCGCUGGCGCAAUGCAUACGGUGUGAUAAACCAGAAACAAAGAAACUGGCCUAUGAUGCUGUGCAAAAUAUUUGCCGCAUACCCACUCAUCUUUUCAAGCUGGUUGACACCAUCGAAGCCCUGGGAAAGAAAAGGGACCCCCCGAGCACGGGGUGGGGGCGAGGCUUGCGGCGAGUCGUGAGCGACUGGUAUAACAAGCGCGCCGACAACCCCAUGCAACUAGCCAUGCAGGUGACCAAGUACGGCAGUCGUCAUGAGUGGACUCACCGCGACCUCUUCCGUUUGUCGCACAUCAAGCCAAGGAACGACGAGGUGGGAUUCAUCAUCCGCUACCUGUUGAAGGGUCUGAAGGAGGCGGAGACCUCAUACCUGGAGGACGGCUACUUGAGUCGCCAUCAACUGGAGAAGGUGCACAAGUAUCUUGUGGCGGUGGAGGAGGCCAAAAAGUGCGAAGACGAAAAGACGACAAUAAAACUCAUCCAAGAACACCGCCUGGUGCGUGAACACCUACGCACUGAAAUGUUGAACAGUCCUGAGGUGUGGCGGGUCAUGCUUCCCGACAUGCCCCUCACGGCGAUGCUGCGUAACCUGGCCAAGAUGACCACCUUGGGGUUAUUUGAUGACAACAGCCUUGUGAAUAUAGUGAGGGAGAAACUUCUGAACGCCGAGGCCUUGAAAAAGGCGAAGGUCCACCCUCUCAGAAUUCUCAUUGCCCAGCGAACAUACGCAAAAGGCGAAGGAUUCAAGGGGCAUCUCAGGUGGCAGCCCAAUACCGAGAUCGUGACGAUACUCGACCAAGCCUUCUAUAAAAGUUUUACAGCAGUGGAGCCUACUGGCAAGAGGUUCUUCAUCGCGCUCGACAUCUCCGGCUCCAUGGGUUUUACUGUGAUGGAGUCGCAAAUCACCUGCAAGGAAGCUGCCACGUGCCUUGCGAUGGUGAUGGUCAAGACGGAAGAGCACUGCGAGCUGGUGGGGUUUCACAGCAAGCUCAUCCCGCUGCCACAGUUCAUGGAAGAAGGCAAGACGCUGAACAAGCUGAUGGAAGAGACUUACAACCUGGGCUUCGGCAGCACGGACUGCUCCAAGCCCAUGUCGCACGCACGCAAGAAGAAAAAGGACGUGGAUGUGUUUGUGGUGCUGACGGACAGCGAGACCAACUACCAUCGGAUACCACCGUGGCGCGCGCUGCAAAAAUACCGUGAGGCCAUGAACAAGCCCACAGCCAAGCUCAUCGUGGUGGGCAUGACGGCCAACAACAUCAGCAUCGCGCGUCCCGACGACGUGCACAUGCUGGACAUUGUAGGCUUCGAUCCCGACAUGAUGGAGGUCAUCAGGGAGUUCGUGACAGGGGGUCUUGAGUAGAAGCGCGUUCCUUGCUAUGUUUACAGUUGUCAGGAGAGCGAAAGUGCCAGUACUUUGCUUAUAUCCUGUCUUGCUGCUUAUCCUAUCCUACACUAUCAAACUCCGAAUUGUAAGAAAUAUUUAACUUUCGUUUGUCAUUUACGUGUUUCUGACAAUUGAUUAGUUCUUCCUUUAGUAAUAACACCCUUUUUCUAUACUGUGCUCGAGGCGCGCUCUGUGUUCUGUGGCUUCUUUCUUCUUCACCACGCGCGCGCUGAAGGAGUUCUGGUCGAUCUCUCCAGUUGACUUACUGUCAUAGAGGAAAUUCACCCCAUACUUGGCUGAGCUGUCAACAGUAGCAAUCAAUGAAAUGACACUGUUUACUACCUGUGUAUGUGUGCACACGUAUUUAUGUGUGUGCGUAUUGUUAUGCAUAAUGAGACUUAUGAGUUGCUUUCAUUUUAUUGCCAUUCAGCCUGGUUGCUCUAACGUGCUUUGCAGGAAUGCAUACUAAAUGGAAAAAAGUAGAUAUUUAGAUGUGAAGUGAUACCCUAGUACCUAUUUGUCAAUGUCUUAAAUAUUAAUACACUUAAAAUUAACUUUGUGUGAAGAGUGUGAAACGUCCACUUUCAGCGGAUAGAUGAGUGGGGUUGAUUGAGAGUGGGAUGAAUGAAUGAGCGAAGGAGGGAGAAGCAAGAGAGGAAGGAAGAGACACGCGACAAAAUUCCAAACGCCUACUAGAUUUCGUCUGUUUGAAUAUUGUUUGAAAUAAAACUAAAAUCUGUUGGGUUUUUUUUUUUUUUUUUUUGUGGAUUUCUAUUUUAAAGAGGCUAUUCGAAAGAGAAAAAGCAGUUAAAACAUGGAGCUAGUUUCGUUUCCAUCAAAGAGUGCGGCUCUGUCUGGCCCCCUAUACAAAGCUCGAGGUAAAGCCAUGAUGUAGCAAUCACUCAAUCAGUACGGACCUGCUUCAGGAGCAUCUGUGGUCAACUGCUAGUUUCGUUUUUUAAACUAAAAAGAAUGUCUGUCUGAUCGUGAGCAUGAAUUAAGUACGAUGGGGAAAAGGAUCCGACAACAUGCCAUGAGGAUAGUCGACUAUGCUUAUCAUUAGAUAGGAGAUUCCUGCAGCUCAUCGGCUGAACUGUUAUGUCAAAUGAAACAUAAAAACAAGUCUCUUUCUGUAUCGGACACAGUUAAAAUAGCAAACGAGAGAGGAAUAAAUAAUGACGAUCUGGUGCUUUAUUAUUAGUCAUUUGUGAAUCAGAUUGAUUCUUUUGAUUCUCACGUAUUGACUACAAAAUGAAAUCAGCCAUUUUCAAUGUGUCUGUGAUUAGUGUUUACCGUCGUUAGUGUGAGGCUCAAAGGUUUCACACCAUUAUUCAUAGGAAGUGACCCACCUACAAGGAUGACCCCCAUCUUAUCAUCUUAUCAUUUGCCUGUCCCAACUGUAUGACGUUGCUCGUGUUUUUAAAUGUGUUUAUAUUGAGAGACUUCCCUUAUUUUCGGUUUUUUAAAUAGUACAUGAUUCAGACAUCAUUAAAUUCCUAGUGCUGCUGUUCAAAUGUUAUCUUAUUGAGCUUUAUGCAAAGUAUAGUAAUUAGUCACAGUGCUGACAGCUGAAAAAUUGAGCAAACAGGUCACGGGCAGUAAAAUUAGCAUCACAUUCUUUCACUAAAACCAGCUUUGUAUCUUUUAGCAGCAGUCCACAGGAAAGAACGAAGAAUUUUCUAGAGGUCUACUCAUCCAUCACGUGUCAUUUCCGAUCCCACAUUCUGGCAGACGAGGUUGUACAGAAAUCACAAAAGGAUUUUCUUUUUAAAUAAAUCCUUUUCAAUCGAUAAAAAGCUUAAUUAAGUGCUGUUCAAUGAUUGGUAUCUUCAGUCGCAGAGUACAGGGAAGUAUUAUUUAAUCCUGUUUGAUGGUGGUCAUGUAGUUUCAUAGCAAUUUUAAUCUGUCAUUUCGAUCUUAGAAUUGAGGUAGAGUGGUUGUGGUACCCGUUUUGCCGCCGGACGUUUCGGAGUCGGACGUUUUGCCGACCGGACGUUUAGCCAACGUAUGUUUCGUCGACGGAGGUUUCGUUAACCGGAUGUUUCGCAGACAGACUUUUCGACGCAUUAUGUCAGAGAGAGAGAGAUGCUUGCUUACUUCUCAGAAUCUUGCACAUGAAUGAAUGUUUGUUUGUUUUUUGGCGCGACUUCUUUCGACUGUGAUUUUAUUGUCAAUUUUAUUUCUGCCACUUAAAUUACUUAGUCAUAUAACGAAAUAGCAUCCUUGUGCAUUGCAAAUAGCAUUUUAAAAAGUUAUUACCCAGAGUAAUUCAUUCAGAUCAGAAAGGCAGAUACACUGGGGACUAUAUGUUUAAUAUAUAUUCUUUUGUACACUAAUUAUGAAAGAAUGUCUGAUGUACGUGGACUUUGACAAAGCUUGUUAAACCUGCCAUGGAUGUAUUGAACGUUUACAAUUGUGAAUCCAACUUUAAAUAUUGAUUGUACUUUCUAUUUGGAUGCAUCAACAUUCAUUUUUGUGUAUUCUUCAUGGUUCCGUGUGUGUUUAUAUAUAUAUAGAGAGUGAAAGACAAGAAGAUCCAUUGUUAUAAACCUGCUAUGAACUGAAAUUGUAUCAUUAUAUACAUGUAUAUAGCUAUGUAUGUAGUGUGUGUGAAAGAAAAAACAUGUAAGAGCCAUGUAGUGUGAAAACAGACAUUUUCCCUGCCACAAUCUGGCGACGAUGGAAUUAAAAAAAUCAGAGAAAGUGUAA